AUAAUGUCGUAAGUGAAUGAAUUCACACGAAGCUAAGAUGCUAUUUAUAGUUAUGCAUCAGACGAAGAAUCUCAGACGAAUGCAUGAAAAUUUUUUGGUGUUAUGCCGUAAUAAAUAAAUUUAAUCUAUAAAUAUGCCCAGGCUUAUGUCGUGUUUAGUACCAAGCAAUAUAUGCGGCUGUUCUCAAGUGUUCAGAAUUCAUAUUUAGAAGUAAUUAGUCUAAUUUAUACUAAAUUAUACUAAAUUAUACUACAAUAUAAUAAAAUAUUAUAUAAUAAACAAAUAAGCAAGAAUGGCUACUUUUAGGUAUUUUGAGACUUUAGAUGUGCCGUCUUCAACUACAACUGAAUCUACAACACCUGAAGGCACCACUACAAUUUUAUAUCAAAUAACAUUUCCUGGUAUACAAACUGAUCCACUAACUACUUCAGACAUACCUACAACUUCAACUUCAACUCCAACUACAGUAACAAAUAUCUUUCUGUUAGGGGAAUCUUCAACAAUUCCCGAGCCUAUUUCUUCAGACCAACCUAGUGAUAUAAAAGUAGGAGGUCAUGGUCUGCCUAUUGGUAUCAUAGUAGGUAUAGUGGUUGGAUUUUUAGCCUUUGUUGCCAUUUGUAUUGGUCUCUUUUACUAUUUCGUGUAUCGAAAGAAACAUCCCAAAAUGCCUAAAGAUCUCGAAUCUGAGGAGAAAGUUGAAAAUCCUAAUGGAAUUGAUGAAGAAACUCAAGCUGUCCUACCAUCUCCUACUAUUAUUCAAGAAAAUACUAAUUCUUUGGAGCCUCUUCUAGAUAUAGAAGGUGAAGGCAGUCCUGAACUCAAUGAUGAGGAUUACCAUAGCCAGUUAAUUGAAGACCAUGUUGAUAACUACAACAAUAGCACCUUUCGAGGUAGUACACAUAUUAUUACGAGAAACGAUAUUGUGCAUGAGACCAAUUCCAACAACAAUAAUAAUAAUGAUAAUAAUAAUAAUAAUGAAAAUAGUAAUAAUAAUGAAAAUAGUAAUAAUAAUAAUAAUAAUAAUAAUAAUAAUAAUAAUGAAAAUAUUCAACUCACAAUUGUUAGCGAUGAUACAACAUAAUAGCUUCUCAGUUAUUAGUCUACACCGUCACUUCAUAGUUAAAUGUACCAUUCGUGAGUUUAAUGACAUUAUAUAAUAAAUUUAAUUUUAAAGUUGUAGAGGAUAAGACAUAAAUUUCGAACUAUACUAAUGAAAUGAAUUACAGACCCCGUCAAUUAUUUCUCCAG